AUGGCUCAAAAUACGACAUUGGACUAUCCAGUGCAUUACCAUGUCUUCAAUGGCAAUGCUAAUGAAAUGGUAAAAUCGUUACAGAAAGGCCACGACAUCAAUAGAAAGGAUAAACAUGGUAAUACUCCAUUACAUCUGGCUGUCAUGCUUGGCCAUAAAGAUUGCAUAAAAUUACUUUUGCAACGUAAACCCUCUCUAAAAGCCAAGAAUAAUUACGGUUGGACGCCCUUAGACGAGGCGAUUAGCUAUGGUGAUCGCCUAACAGUUACUCAAUUACUCCUAACCAUGAAGACAAUAUCAAAGCAAGAUCUAAAGGCUAAACGUCCACGAGUUAUCGCUGCUUUAAAAAGUUUGGGAGAUUUUUACAUGGAAUUAAAAUGGGAGUUUACAUCUUGGAUUCCUUUUUUAUCAAGACUGCUGCCUUCUGAUAUAUGUAAAAUUAGAAAACGAGACGCGUGUAUAAGAGUUGAUUCGACUUUGGCUGAUUUUUCUGAAAUGAAAUGGCAAAGAGGAGAUGUCAGUCUGAUAUUUAAUGGAAAUAAUGACGCUCACCCAUUACCGAUAGUCUUAGAUAAUGAUAAGAAAACCUUUCAAAAAAUGCGAUUCAAGGAUGAUGACGCUGAAGUAGAUGAAGAAGUAGAUUUACUUAUGAGCAAUAAUAUAGUAUCUGGUCAAACAACAUCUGAGCAAGUUACAUUUACGAAAGUACAAAGUGGCUGGAUCUUUCGAGAAAAUAAAAUUGAAACCAUAGGAAACUUUAAGGCUGACGUUUUUAGUGUUAACGGAUUGCAAUUGAUCCAAAGGAAAAGGAGAGAACAUCUGUCUGAAGAAGAUAAAAAAAAAAAUAAGGUCAGAAUGCGUCUAUUGCAUUUACAUAAUUUCAUUCUUCAUCGUAUGUCCCUGGAGCCACCGGCUAAAUGUAAGAUGACCUGGCAGGAGUACUUAGAAAGUAGAGAUAUGCCACAACUGGCUAGAUUAGUAGAUGUAAAGGAAACGAGAAAAGCUUUCAAACCACAAGUUGCUAUGAGUCAGGAAUUUCCACUGGAUGUAAAUGUAUUGGUAGAUAUUUUAACAAUUUUGUCACCUAUGAAGCAAUUUACGAAAUUAAAAGAAUUUAUUCAAAUGAAAUUACCUCCUGGUUUUCCAGUUAAAUUAGAACUAUCUAUACUACCGACUAUUACUGCCAAAGUCAGCUUUCAAGAAUAUAGUAGCAGCGAUGACAUUCCAGUUUCUAUUUUUUUCAUUCCUCGCGAUUAUAAGGUAAUUUUAGAUAUCUUGCAUAUGGCAUGCGUUGCAAUCUUAUAA